AUGUCACUUGGAAGCAAAAGUGAACUUAUGUUAUGGACUCUUCGCUUACUCGACUGGUUAAAAAAGGGGCAUUGGAAGCCAUGGCUUCAGGUCCAACUCUAUGGCCUGCCGCCAUCAGAACAGCCAAGGACCAAUUUGGACCUGUGGUUGGAUGCGAUGGACUGGUCUGGGAUCGAAGAGCUCGCUAUAAAGCGUCAAAGACAUGAGGAUGACAUUGUCGAGAAACUACCGCCCCGUCUUACUUCACUACGCAGAUUAUGGUCCACGGAUAUGUCUUUCAUCGAGGCGCUGCCGAACAACACGCUCACCCACCUUACCUGGAUUGGACCAUCGAGGCAUGGCGAUUUUGCCAAUGUUCUCGAGCGACAAGGGUCCACACUAGAAAAACUAGAAUUCAGAUGCGACGAGAAAAUCUGUCCUUCGUUUUGCAAUCACUUCAAUAUGUCCCAUAUUCAGGAGAUGGCACAAAAUCUUGAGCAUCUGACCAUUGACAUACCGCGCAAUGGCACUUGGCCACUUGAGUUUUUCCAAGCCAUAGCCUCACUGUCAAAGCUUCGCUCGUUGGAGAUCUACUUAGAGCUUCAGUCAGACUGCCGACGGGGAAAGCCUGAGGACCAUGCCAUGUGGAAGUACCAAGAGGAGCACGGCAAGAACUACUGCACCGGUGGAGAUCAAUUUCAAAAGCCCCUGCUCAAUGAAAAUGAAGCAGAGAAUCUUUUCCAGCUCAUCGAGGAGGCCAAUAUCGGAUGUCAGCUUCAGGAUGUAACAUUUCGGCUCGGUGACUGGACACCACCGUAUGACGGUCCCCUCUAUUUUCCACCUUGGAUAGAAAACAGAAAAGCUGAAGUCACAUGUUCGAAAACUGACAGAGCGCAAAGGGAGAAGCGCUGUAGGGCAGUGAGGUCGUAUGGGUACUGGCCGCCGAAAACGAACGAACAGGAAGGGAGCUACUGGCCCUUACCCGAAGAAGAGCUGUACAUACCGGAAGACUAA